UAACUUAGAAACCCCUUUGAGACAAGUGUCGGUACUGAAGGAAAAUGUGAAAUACAAUCGAUACUAUUUGACAUCUUAAAUUUAAACAAAAUUAUUACUCACUCAGCCAAAAAUGUCCGAAGCUGCCGUGUGCUUUUCGAAACACAAGAUUGUGCCGGACAUCCUGAAAACGUGCCCCACUAAUUUGCUUAAGGUCACGUAUGGCGGCGGUCUAGUGGUGGACAUGGGCGGCGAACUGACGCCCACGCAGGUGAAGGAUCAACCAAGCGUUGAAUGGGAUGCGGAUCCGAACGCUCUGUACACGCUGAUCCUCACCGAUCCGGAUGCGCCAAGUCGCAAGGAUCCCAAGUUUCGCGAGUGGCACCACUGGCUGGUGGUCAAUAUUCCGGGCAACCAAGUUGAUAACGGCUUGGUUUUGACCGCAUAUGUGGGCUCCGGUCCGCCGCAGGGCUCCGGUCUCCAUCGCUACGUGUUCUUGGUCUACAAGCAGUCCCAGAAGCUCGCUUGCAACGAGCCUAAAAUCCCGAAGACGAGCGGCGACAAGCGAGCCAAUUUCAGCACCACCAAGUUCAUGAGCAAGUAUAAGCUAGGCGAUCCCAUUGCCGGCAACUUUUUUCAGGCACAGUGGGACGAAUAUGUGCCCAAGCUAUACAAACAGCUGUCCGGCAAAAAGUAGCUAGUACCCGUGAUUCCAAAGAAGUCUUCAGUGUCGAAAAUAAUUAAUUUUGGGCUAUUUUAUAACUAGGUUAUUAUAAAUUGAUUGCAAAUCCACACAAAGCAGCCUGUAAAAAUAAAAUAAAUGAGUCAAAAAAUCAAAA